AUGAGAUCUUUUAUAAAAUCACAUAAAAAAAAUGAUUCAACUACUACUAAUUUAUCGAUAGAGUUAAUAAAUCAAGAUUCAAAUGGAUUGGAUUUUCAAGCACCACCAAUUACAUCUAAUAGUAAUAAAACUCCAUUAUCAUCGCCUAGAAUUCAACAAGUUCCUUAUACUCCUCCAAGUAACAUAGCUACGCCUUCAUCAUUAAGUUCUCCCAAAAAAUUAUUAACUCCUAUUAAAAAUUUAUUUUCAUCUUCCCAAGGUAAAUCAACUAUUUUAACUACUCCAAAUUCUAAUGAUAAUUUACAAAAUAUAAUUCAAGGACUGUCUCCUAAAGAAUCAAAAGCUCAUAAAUUUUUAAAGCGUAAACGAAGUAAAAGUUAUCUUACAAAUAUUUCAGAUGAAAUUUAUGUAGAACCACAACCAUUAACAAAACCAACAUUUACACUGUCUAUAUCAUCACCUACAUUGAAUGUAUUACCGAAAAAAAUAGAUCCACAUAAACAAAAAGUUAGAAUAUCUCUACCGAUAUCAAAUCCACAAUUAAAUAAAUUAGGUCCACCAAUUGAUAUUGCUCAAAAUUCGAACAAUACAUCUGAUUCAAUACUUGAUGAAACCGAUUGUAAAUUUCAUGUGAAAGAUUUAGCUUCAAAAUCAACAGAUUCGUCAGCACCAGAAGAAGCUUUUUCAUUAAACAAUUGUGGUAAUUCAUCAAAUUAUCAUGAUGCAGAAGAUAAUUCUGAUUCUGAUUCUGAUUCUAAUUCUAAUUCUUCACAAUUUUCAUUUGUUAGAGAUAUGAAAGCGGGUAGAAAUACUUCCGUUAAAUAUUAUAAAACAAAAUCAAAUUCAAAUCAACAACAAAUGAAUUUAUUUGAUGAUCAUUAUUCCGAUUUUGAAGCUAAUGAAUUUUCAAAUUAUGAUUAUGAAAAUAAUGGUAUAGAAGAUGAAACAUAUGAUGAUAUUGCUGAUAAUGAUGUGAAAUAUAAUAAUAUAUUUGAUGAAGAUGCGGAUGAUAUUAAUGGAAUUGAAGAUUAUGAAGAUGAGAAUUUUGAUGACGUGAAAUACAAUGAUAUACUAGAUGAACUGAUAGAAGGUAUCACUUUUAAUCAAGUAUCAACUAACAAUCAAAUAGAAGAAGAUAUAACAAAUAUUGAAACAUCAGAUUCUCAAGAUCGACCAGUAGCUAAAAUAAUAGAAAAACCAACAUUAUUAGAUUCAGUAUUUCCAAACACUUCAAAAAUUUCAGUUAAACCUUUUAAUUCUUCAUAUCAUUUAUCCAUUCAAGGUCCAUUAAAUAAACUUAAACCACAAGAAAAUAGUCCAACAAAAUCAAAUUAUGCAGAUGAUAUACUUGAAAAUUAUCUAGAUAGUCAACUGCCAUCUUCUAAAUCACAUUCAGAUUCCAAAAUUGAUUUUUUUCCAGAUAAUAAUAGUUUUGAAUUAUUUGAUUUAAGUAGUCCCAUAAUCAAUGGAUUAACAGUUGGGCAGAAUUUGAGACAUAGAGCGAAGAAAAGGGUAGAUUUGAAUACUAAUAGGUUGUUUAUUCAUAGAAAUCCAAUUCAUAUUGAUGAAAAUAAUUGUGGACUGAAUGAUAUGAGAGAAAGAUAUAUUAAAUCAUUUCAUGAAUCUAUUGAUGAUAAUAUUAAUUUGGAAAUUCCAGCAAAAGUUGAAGCUUACGAAAAUUUUGUGGAUCAAUACGAAGAAGAAACCUCAAUUGAAUCAGGUAUACUGGAGACUAAAGAGAAGACUAUAGAAUUUCGAAAUUCAAUACUAGAUAUGAUGAAUAUUCUAUCUAAUUUUGAAAAAAGCACAAAUUCAAAUAAUGAUGAUAACAUAGAAUCAAGGAAGUCAAUACUCAAUAUGAUGAAUGUAUUAUCUAAUUUUGAAGAUGAACAGUUUAAUGAUAAUAAACAGUCCAUAAAAACAGUGCAUAAUAUGAUGAAUGUAUUAUCAAGCUUGGAGAAUGAGAAUAUAUCAGUCUCAAAGAAUAAAGAAGUAAGAAAUUCAGUGUUGAAUAUGAUGGAUGUGUUAUCAAACAUGGAAGAGCAUAGUGCAAAGGAGAAACCAGAUAAAUCAACCCAGAGAAAUUCAAUUGUUGAUAUGAUGAAUUUAUUAACUAAUAUGGAAUCAAAUAAUGAAUCUGAGACAAACUCGAAUUGUGAUAAUAAAGUUUCAAGAAGUGAUUCUAUUAACGGCAUGAUGUCGACUUUAGCAAUACUUGAAUCAAAUAAUAAUCCACAACAACAACAAUCAAGUUCAAAUAAUUCAUUAUUUCGUAAAGCUUCAUUCAAACGGUAUUCAUGGUAUGACAGUUCCGAGAAUCUAAACAUCAAGGAAAAUCAAAUUAAAGAAAUAGAUCCAACAGACGAUAACGAUAGACUAAAUAAUUCAUUAGAUCAAGAUAUAAUAGAUGAAAUUAAUCAAAUUCCAGAUGAUUUUGAUUUCAACAAAACUAAUAACAUAGAAAUACCACAAUAUCCAUCUUUAAAAUCAAUUAGAAGACCUCAAAAAAGUUUAUAUUCAAAUCAAUACGCAAGUAAUAAAAUAGACACGAAGACUAAAACAGUUACAUUCUAUAACAAUUCCAAAUCAGUCAAUAAUUUUGAUAAAGUUAUUAGUAGAGGUCCAUCAAUUCGAUCAAUAACUUCAUUUCCCUCAGUUAAUGAGGUUGAAAAUGAAGAAGAAUAUGGAUAUAAUAUAUUUGGAGAUCCACCAAGAUCCAUUGAUGCAAUUACAGAAAGUAGUCCAAAUUUGGAUUAA